UAUUCGUGUUUCAACACCAUACCCCAUAAGAAGAAGAUUCCACUGUUUGUUGUCAAAUGACUGUCAAAGCAAAGCUGUUCAAUCCUAAAUCUUUAUUCAUAUAAUGUUCUGACUGUGAUCAUCAUGGCCGAGGAAGAGUUCACAGACAUAAAUGGCAACUCGAUUUCUUUAGACUGUCAAUCUCACUCUGCUUUCUGCAGAGAGUUUACAGUCACCUCACCGAAACUGUCCUUGCGCAAGGUGAUGAUCUACACCUGCUUCGUUUGGUUAUUUGCUUAUGCUGUGUUUUUCUUCACCGAGAACACGACUGUCCUGUCGAGUGCCAUCAUCCUCACUCUGGCUGGGAUGAUGAUUCAUAUUCACUUUGUGAAGGUGGACCAUGAGACCCUUCUUAUAAUUGGUUCCCUUGGUGUCCAGCUCUCUUCAUCUUAUGCAUCUGGUCGAGAAAGUACGAUAUUCAUUGAGAUGAACAAGCUGAAAGACAUCGUGAUCAACGAGGCUGUUUAUAUGCACAGCAUUAUAUACUAUCUGUGCAUUCUGAUAAAGGACCCAGCAGAUCCUGAGACCGUGACCAGUGUUGUCCCUCUUUUCCCGAGUUCAAAGCCUCGGCUGAAUUGUUUGGUUCAAAUGUACAGGAGCUGUCAAGAGAUUCUUGCACAGUCCAGAUGACACCGAGACAGUCUUUCUUUGAAACAGGAUAAAGAUUGGAAAUACGAAGAAUGAACCAUAAGUGUGUUGUUAGUAGUUUUUGUGUUGUCACCAACACUACAUUUUUCUGUUACAUGUAGUGGUUUGUUAGAUACAUGUUGUAUCCAUUUACAGUUUGUAGUAUAGGUUUUAAAAAUUUUCUAUAUUAAUAUUGCAGUGAUUUGUUUCCUUCUGAUUCUGACAUUUUUAACCACUAGAGGGACGUGUGUGCCAUUUUUUUUGGUAACUGGAACCAAAUAGGUUUGUUAUAUUAAUGAUAUUAAUGAUUUCCUGUGAUACUCUUGAUCAUAUGACAUUUUAAAUGGUCAUUGUAUUAGUAACUUAUCUUUUUUUUUCCUAUUUAAAAAUCAAAGUGAAAACAUGAACAAUAAAACUGUUUUAAAAGUUAUAAUACUCAUUUAUUUGAUACAUAGUUUUUUUUGUUUUGUUUUUUUAAUUUCUUGUUUUUUUUAAGUAUGGAGAAUCAGUGCAUCAUUCAGCUUUUAAAGUAGGUCUUUUUUUUUGCCACCAUUGUUGUGGGUCAUUUGAGGGAUUAUGCUAAUCCAUCUCAUUUACUUCUUGGUGGGUCAGCAUUUAAUUGUGUUCCUGCUUUUGUCGGGAUGUCAAGCAGAACUCACUGUAAGUUUAUCUGAGCUCUUAUUGCAGAAUUCACAGCAUCACAAAGCUUCUUGGUUACUUAAGCGAUGAAUGUUCCUUAAAAAUGAAGUACUUGAAUUAAGUUAUUUUGUUGAUUUCUGAAUUGCAUUUAAAUUUUUAUAAAAGGGAAGUGGAAAUGUAUACUGUGGUGGUCUGUACCAAGUAGAUGCUUUCUAGAGGUCAGACAACAGAAGGCAAGUGAAGCAAUAUCCUGCAAUAUCAGUUUCACAGUAUUUCUGGUGCACAGCUGCUGUGAACAUCCAUCACACUAUAGCUCUUACUGUGGUUUUGUGGAACACAAAACUUUUGUUGUUGUGUUUAUCUUUACUUAGGAUUCUGCUAACCUUUACAUAUUCUGAGGAAAUGUUUUACAUGUCACCUCUGUAUUAUUUAAAUAGUCUGCAAGUUCCUUAUAGGAACUCGCUGCCUGUUGCAUAGACACUUGUAAGAGUUGUCAUUCAAGUUUACCUGUUUGGGGGAAAAGGAAAGAGAAACCUCCCAUUUGUUUAUUUGUGUUCAUGCUGCUUUGUAUUUACACACAGUGAAACAUUCCCUUCACUUUAAAAAAGCAACUGUCAGCAAUGAUUAAGAACACAAAUUCCCCUUGUUUUUAAAUGAAUAUACUGGGUUCAGUACAAGUUAACCUUAAAUGAUGGCAAAUCUGUCAUUGUUGAUAACUAAUUUCUUUUGGUAUGGAUAUUUUCCUCUUUUUCUUAAAAUAAAGAAAUAAUUUGGGUUACAAUGAGGCACUUUUUAAUAGUAUAAUCACAAUAUUUGUGUUAACAUGGUUUUAGUUUGAAAAAUGAUCACAUACGGACCUUUUCUCUGUGUUUUUAUGUAUUGUAAAGUGUAAUUUAUUCCUGUGAUGGCAAACCUGAGAUUUCAGCAGCCAUUACUCCAGUUGUUUGUGAUUAUAUCCUUCAGAAAUCAUUCUAAUGCUGAUUUGCUGUUCAGGGAACAUUUAUUAUCAAUACUGAAAACAGUUUUGUGGAAGCUUUUUUUCAGGAUUCUUUUAUGAAUAGAAAGUUAAAAGAAAGUCUUUACUGUCACUUUUGAUCAAUUUAAUGCAUACUUGCUAAAUAGAAGUAUUAAUUUCUUCAAAACUGCUAACCCCAAACUUUUGAAUUGUAUUGUAUAUCCAAUUUGCAGCUUUGUUCCCUUGUCAGUGUAAAAUGACCAUUAAAAAUUACAAGAACAGUUUUACAGCUCAAGUACUACA